GAGGCAGGGUGAAGACGUGGAAGCGACGCUGGUUCAUCCUGACUGACAACUGCCUUUACUACUUUGAGUACACGACGGAUAAAGAGCCCCGUGGCAUCAUCCCCCUGGAGAACCUGAGCAUCCGCGAGGUGGAGGACUCAAAGAAGCCCAACUGCUUUGAGCUCUACAUCCCUGACAACAAGGACCAGGUGAUCAAGGCCUGCAAGACGGAGGCGGACGGGCGGGUGGUGGAAGGGAACCACACAGUGUACCGCAUCUCUGCCCCCACGCCUGAGGAGAAGGAGGAGUGGAUCAAGUGCAUCAAGGCAGCGAUCAGCCGGGACCCUUUCUACGAGAUGCUGGCUGCCAGGAAGAAGAAGGUCUCCUCCACCAAGAGACACUAG